AUGAUGGGCGGGACGGACGCAAUGCUGGUUUCGGAGCGUGCGACAGGGAAAUCCAGUGAGCCAAUCAAGGGGCAGCGCCCUGACGACCCAGAAGAAACGGAGGACGAAGCCGAGUCCGGCCGUCGCAGGAAGCAGCAAUCGACGACUGGGCAAGACACACCUUCGAGAUCGCAGAGUAUGGAAACCGGGACGCCUCGGGGAGAUGCCGCCGCGACGCGGGACUUGUUGGAGGACGAAGAGACGAAGGAGAACGACGGCACGAGUAGUGACGAUGCUGUGAGUAUGGCGGCAAUUGCUAGUACUCUCCAGCAGCUGGCCACGACAGUAAAAGGUCUUCGGCAUGAAGGUGGAGCGGUGGCAACAACGAAGGCACCGACAGCGGCGAGCGUAGCGGACGUGACCCAGACACUCACGCAGUUGAUGUCGAUGGUGGCGGAUCUGACGGCGUCCACUGGCAAUGACGCAGACAACCGACAAGUGGACAACGGCGAGGUGGAGACAGAGCAAGCCGGCGUUCAUCAAUCACCGGAAGUGGUGGUGGAACACCAGUCCGCAAGCCACGAGCAAGGACGCGUAGUGCGACGAGACCGGGGCGACUCCGGCCGGGAACAGCGACGCGACCACUCCAGAAGUAGUCAUAGCGUGGACUCACGCGAUGGACGCGGAGAUGGGCGACGCAGCAGGCAGCGGCACGGUAGAGGAGCUCGACGUGGUGAGCGUCGGGAAAGUCGGCAGGUAGCACGGCGCGAGCAGCAUGACGACGCACGGCGCGAGCAGCAUGACGACGCACGGCGACCGGCACAACGACGAGCGAGGCACGAGAGCCCGCCAUCGUCAGGCGAUGAUGACUCGAGUGGGUCGUCUAGUGAGGAGGAGCGCGGUGGAGCGGGCCGUCAUUACGAGGAGAGCAGCAGUGGUAGUGCGAGCAGCAGCCCGAGCAGCUCGGACGUGAGUUCAGACGAGCAAGAUCAAGCACGCGGACACCGAGGACGAGAUGAGCGACGCGGACGGCACGGACAACGUGGACGGCAUGAACGCCGCGAACGGCGAGAUCACGAGCCGGGGCGACGGCCACGAAAGAAGAGUGUUAAAGACUUGGAGCUUCCCAAGUUCACCCCUUCACCCAAAGUGAGCGUUAGUACGUGGAUCGAUCGAGUGGAGCUCGCGUUGAAGGGAGCGGAAGAGAGUGGAAGAGGCACGUGGUCAGACAAAGCCCUCUACUUUAUUCUUGGCAAUAAGCUUAUGGAAAGUGCUUCUAAGUGGUGGGUAGACAUGGAUCGGCGGCUAAGCGACCGUCGGAGAACGUGGACUUACCUGAUGAGAGCCCUGUUGCGACGGUAUGGAGAAAAGCUUGACAAGUCUGCGGCUGAGUGGCGGGUCAGCAUGAGGCGCAUGAUGCCCGGGGAAACACAUGCCGACUUUGCAGCCGGAUUACGAGGCAUGGUUGGAAGGAACAAAGUAAGUGAACGUGUUCUAUUAGCCCAAUUCUAUCGGUGUUUGGAUAAAACGACGAGGAAGCUCGUCAAGCAGGACCCUAAGCCAAGGACGCUGGAGGAAGCAGUCGACAAGGCAACCGAGAUUGACGACCCCAUGGACAACGUGGCCCAAGGGAUGGCCAACAUCGGGCAAGCAUGGGCGAUCGCGCCAAGUCGCUACGUGAUACCUAUGGACGGCACUACGGGCCAAACUGGCGUGAUUCCGGGGAUCAGCGGUACGGGAGUUCCGACGCUGAUGUCGGCUGGUGGCGAGAACGGCACGACGGCGGCUGGUGACGUACGGCCCGUGGCCCUUUUCACUAGUCCUCAAGGUGUAUACAACGCAUAUUCGGGCACGUGGGACCCACCGCCUGGCCACCUAUGGAACGGCAAAUAUUGGUACGAACCACGAAGGACGGACAAGAAGCGUGCGGCGGUGGCGUCGAGCGACAACAGCGGGUCGAAGGGCAAGUCGCCUGCUGUGCAUCAGAAGAAGAGACGGGAGAGAGACGACUCGAGCGAUGACGGGGCAGCUGGCAGGCCAAAACCGAGGAAACUGAAGGCGGCGGUGCGUCAGGCUGCUACGGAAGAGAAACCAAGCGGUGGAAGGACGAAUAUCACGGGUCAGCGCACAGGGAGAGAGAGACCUACAGACGGUGACCAGACAGCCGGACCGCGUUGCUACCGUUGUGGCCAGCAGGGACACAUGUCUGGUCAGUGUGAUUUGGAACCGGAGUGUUUCGCGUGCCAUCGGCGUGGACAUUUUGCAAGAGACUGCACCGGCUCGGAAGCUAAGAAGAAGAACGACGAGUACAUGCAACGUCGGACUGUGGAGACCAAGAAAUCGGCGGGAAACGACGGUCGGGCUCAGUAG